UUGUGAAUUUCUAUCCUGGCCUGACGGAUGGAUUUUGGAAACUCUUUUUACAGGGAGUUAGAAGGGGAGGAUUUACACACAGCAAACUCAAAGCAAAGAUCACAUCAAGAUCUGACAGAGUCACUCGAUUAAUUAGAACCUGGAUAUCAUUGGCCUUUGACUCGAAAGGCUAAGUCAAUUUCACAGGGUAUUAGAAGAGGAGGAUUCGCAAUCAGGAAACUCCAGCCAAACAUCAUAUCAGGAUCUGAAGGAAUCGUCCAAUUUAUCGUAACCUGAAUAUCAUCGGAUUUUGAACAUGGAAGGAAAAAGUACCAUUCACAGUGGAGAGAAACCAUAUACAUGUUCUGUGUGUGGACGAGGCUUCAGCCAAUCAGCUGGCCUGUCAAAACACAAGCACCGUCACACUGGGGAGAAACCAUGUAAAUGUGGAGACUGUGGGAAGGGAUUCAAUUACCCAUCUGAGCUGGAAACCCAUCGACGCAGUCACACUGGGGAGAGGCCAUUCAGUUGUGUGUGUGGGAAGGGAUUCACUCAGUUAUCCCAUUUGCUGAGACACCAGCGAGUUCACACUGGGGUGAGGCCAUUCACCUGUUCCAAGUGUGGGUGCAGAUUCACUCAGUUAUUCAACCUGCUGACACACCAGCGAGUUCAUACUGGGGAGAGGCCAUUCACAUGCUCAGAGUGUGGAAAGGGAUUCACUCAAUUAUCCCACCUGCUCAAACACCAGCGAGUUCACACUGGGGAGAAGCCGUUCACCUGCCCUGAGUGUGGGAAGGGAUUCAUUCAGUCAUCUAACCUGCUGACGCACCAACGAGUUCACACUGGUGAGAGACCUUUUAAAUGCUCAGACUGCGGGAAGUGCUAUAAAAGCUCCUGGGAACUAAUGUCCCAUCAACGUGUUCACACUGAUGAGAUACCAUUCAGGUGUUCUCACUGCGGGACUGGGUUCAAGACAUCAUCUGACCUUGCUAAACAUCAGCGAGUUCACACUGGGGAGAGGCCAUUCAUCUGCACUGAGUGUGGGAAGGGAUUCACUCGAUCAUCCAACCUGCUGACACAUCAGCAAGUUCACACUGGGGAGAGGCCAUUCAUCUGCCCUUUGUGUAAGAAGAAAUUUGCUCACUCAUCCAGCCUGCUAAGACAUCAGCGAAUUCACAAGUAACUACGGUGGUGGGAUUUUGCUGUUAUUCAUGUCCAGAACUGAAUCGUGUUCAUUCUGGUCUCUUUCAGAUUAUGUUUAUAAACGCCAUCCCAGAAAUAAUAUUGUGUAUGAAGGCACAUAAAUCAUCCUUGUGUUAAA